ACUCGUGGAGGAGAAUACUGUUAUGGUUGUGAAGAUCGGUUUAGCAGCGGAGAGCAAGCUUAUGGAUGCAGCAUCUGGGGUUGUAACUACUCAAAGUUAUUACACGAAGAAUGUGCAACGAUGGCGAGAGUGAUACGACAUCCAUCGCACCACCCUCAACACAUACUCGUUCAACAACACAAUCGGUAUAAAUCUCGCUGUGAAAGGAUUAUUUGGACCAUUGGUUACAACUGUACAUGCCUAAUAUGUAAGUUCAAUAUGCACUUGAGAUGCUCGCAAAUUUGUGGCGUGAUCAAUGCAGAAGCAGACGAUGGAGUUGAGCAAAUAUGCGACAUUAUACGCCAUCCAAGUCAUCCGGACCACGACAUGAAGUUGUUGAGAAGAAGGUGUUCCUUCAAGUGCGAUGCCUGUGGAACCACGCGCAAGGGGAGUUCCUACACAUGCACCGCAGAUGCUUGCCAGUAUUGGAUCCAUGAGAGAUGUGCUUCUUUGCCUCAAAGCUUGGAAAGACAAGACCAUCAUCACCCUCUUUCUCUCUCUUUUCAUGUCCCACUUGAGUAUAUCAGAUUUGACUACAGAUGUGAUGUAUGCAGCAGAAUUCUGCUGCCCAAAAGUUGGAUAUAUCAUUGUCGAAUUUGUAGAUAUAUUGUCCACAUCAAGUGUGCCUUCAACAAGCCGCCUCCUCGCAUCAUUGAGAAUGUGCUACUGCUAGCCAAAAUAUCGGAAAAGACGUGAUCCAUCUUCCAACAAAUGAGGUGGCCGAGGAGCUAAUUACACCUUUUGUGAUUAGACAAACCGGAGGAGGAGGUGGAACAUUGAUGCU